AAACAAUUUUAUCUCCAAAUCCAAUUUUAUUUCAAUCCUUGUUAAUCUCAAGAGCAUCGUCACAGAUUAUAACUGAGCAGUAUUGAGAAAUGAACCAAGGUGGUCCUGUUUCUAAAGUUGAGUUGAGAGUGGAAUGUACUGGACUGAAGAAAAAGGAUGAGUUCUCUAAAUCUGAUCCUUGUGCUGUUUUGUACAUGCAGCCCAGGGAAAGUAACUCAUGGCAAGAGAUUGGAAGAACAGAGCAUAUCAAAAAUUGCCAUGAUCCCAAAUUUGCUACGCCUUUCACUGUGGAAUACUUUUUUGAAGAAAUUCAGAAAGUAAAAAUAGAAGUUUACGAUUUAGACAAUGCAACCAGUGAGCUGACUGAUGAUGACUUUCUAGGAAAAGUGGAGUGUAACCUGGCACAGAUUGUUUCACGCAAUCCUUUCUCUUCUGCUCUUCAAAAGAAUGAUGGAACACCAGCAGAGGGCUCCCUGAUCUCUAUCAGAUCUGAGGAAGUAAGGGAGGGAGGAGAACAUGUGUUCCUCCACAUUGGGGCCACUAAAGUAGACAAUAAGGACUUUCUGGGUAAAUCAGACCCUUUCUUAGAGAUUUCCAGACAAGUAUCAGAUGGAAGUUGGCAAGUGAUACACAGAACUGAAGUUUGCAAAGACACACUAAAUCCAGUGUGGAGGCCAUUUGAGCUGGCAGUACAUGCUUUGUGUGGUGGCAACAAAACACAGCAGAUACAGUUCAGCUGCAGUGAUUAUGAUAGCGAUGGAUCCCAUGAUCUGAUUGGUUCAUUUACAACUACUAUUACAGAACUAGAGCAAGCAGCAGGAAGUGGAAAAGAGCUACAAUAUCCAUUCAUAAACCCCAAGAAAAAAUAUAAGAAGGACAAAAAAAAUUCUGGUGUGGCGCAUAUAACACAGAUCAAGUUUUUCAGAAUGCCAAACUUUCUGGAGUUUAUUUAUGGUGGAAUGCAGAUUAAUUUUACAGUGGGUGUGGAUUUCACAGGAUCUAAUGGAGAUCCCAAUCAACCAGACUCCCUUCACUUUGUUGAUAUGGCUGGCAAUCCCAACCAAUACAUGCAAGCCAUUAUGGCCGUGGGAUCUGUGUGUCAGGAGUAUGACACGGACAAGUUAUUCCCAGCUCUUGGCUUUGGGGCAAAGCUUCCAGAUGGGACAGUUUCAAUGGAGUUUGCUCUGAAUUUCAAUCCCACAAAUCCCUACUGUGCAGGAAUAAAUGGUGUAAUUGAAGCUUAUAGAAAUGCAAUCCAGAAUGUUCAAUUGUGGGGUCCCACCAAUGUGGCUCCUAUUAUAUACCACGUGGCCAGAUUUGCUGCGCAGGCCCAGAAGGAGGAAGCAGACAAAGGGGCACAUGCCUACUAUGUGUUGCUCCUAUUAACUGAUGGCAUUAUAACAGACAUGGAUCAGACCAGAGAUGCUAUCGUCUAUGCCUCAGGGUUACCCAUGUCCCUCAUCAUUGUGGGGGUAGGAGGUGCUGACUUUUCUGACAUGAAUUUUCUGGAUGGGGAUGGUGGGGUUCUGAAGGCAACUAAUGGCAGACCAGCGGAGAGAGACAUUGUCCAAUUUGUUCCAUUUAGAGAUUUUCAAAAAUAUGGUUCUAGUGGUGCUGAUUUGGCAAAGCAAGUGUUGGCAGAGGUCCCACAACAAGUGGUGAAGUACUACACAAUGAGAAACAUCAGCCCGAACCAACGACCAGCUUAGACAGAAAGUGGUUCUAAAUACAGUAUUCAACUACGCCAUCAAUUAAGAGAGCAUGAGCAAUAAUCAAAUAUAGGAUGAUUAAUAGCUAAUUCCCUUAGUAAAAAUCUGUAUAAAUCUUCCUAGAUAUAUAUGUACAGUGGCGUAGCUUCCAUUGAAGCACAGAAGCACGUGCUUCCACAUCGUUUGAUUGAAUUGAAACUUCCAAAGCAUAUGAUAAAAGAUAAUACAUAUUUAGUAUAAAUUUUAUAACAUUAAUUAUGUAACAUGCAAACAGGCUUAUAGCAAGGCUUGUCAUAAGGAUAGGGGAGCUCCUGCUGUCUUUUGUAAGAUUUUUUUCCUCGCUGAAAACGCAUUUCUGACAAUAUCUUAUGAACAAUAACUACAAAAAAUACUUUUAUAAAAUUUUGAAUAACAAUUAUUACAUCUAAUGGUUUAUAAAGUUAUAAAUUUAUUUAAAAUUGAAGGAUAAUAUAAGCAACUUUAAAAUAUUGUCUAUCGUCUAAAAUGCACCACAGCAGCUUCCAGGGACUUUGCACCCUAAGUCCUACCAGGGCUUUUUCUUGGUCUCAUCGGGGCCUCAUGCUGGCUCCAAACCCCUUGUGGUUUUAUGCUUCCACAUUGAUCGACCCUAAGCUACGCCACUGAUGUAUAAUAAAUUUAGGGUACCUAGCUGGGGGUAACUGAUGGAUAUUUUAAAUUCUGUUGAUGACCAAAAAAAAAAAAAAAUUAAAAAAAUUAGUGGAAUAAUAAAUGUACUAUAACUUUUAUACAGUAGAAGAUUUUUAUGAUUGUCAAUGAAUAUUAUGCAGUUAUAUUGAAACUUUUUUUGGAAUAUGUUCAUGUAUGUAUUUAAAAUAAUUAUGUGC